AUGCACUUGGAAGUUCUUCUCUCACCGCAUGGAGUCUACAAGGAGCUCACUUGUGAGUUUUUGGCUUCAAUGAGGUCACAAUUUGAUGAGCUCGAUCGAGCUGAGUUGGACCAAGGCUGGGGGAUCACGUUCUUGGCUAAGGGAGAGAAGAAGAUGGUGACCUUUAGGCAGCUUGAGAUCUGUUUGGGUUCACUAUGGAGAAGGAACCAAGUGGAACAUCAAGGAAAAGGAACUCCAAAGGAGUUUGGGCUACAAUCGCUGAUGGAGUGUACUCUUCCUCAAGGUCCAAGGCUGCUCAGAUCAGGAGCCCAGUGCUUGAGAUAUGUGCACAAGGCACUUGCCAACACCUUCUUUGCAAGGAAAGCCACUGGACAAUCAAUGAGGGAGAAGUUGGAUGGACAUCAAGUUUUGCAAGACCAACCUCUCAUUGAGCACAAGGAGUUGGAUGGGAGACCCCCUGUGUACACAUUAGUUGGGCAUGAAGCGGAUUUGCGAGAAGAGGAGCCUGAGCUCGAUCGAGCUGAGGAUCGAGCUGAGAUCAAGCUGAAGAUCGAGUCCAGGAGAGUGCGGAUUUGGGUGAGCCUGAGUGCUAUUAUUUUGAGGAGUAUGAGGCUCCAAGGAUGA